AGUUUGGUUCGCAUAAAACCCACAGAGCCUUUUAUAGAGGAUUCAGUCUUUCCCCAAACUCAUCAUUUAACUUGCUCCACUGCAGUAUGGUUUGUUCUUUUGUUUUUGCAUUGCACCAUCCCUUCACAAAUGUGUGGUGUUUGACUGAGUUCACUGUAACAUUAUCAGUCAGUCAGUCAGUCAGUCAAUCAAUCAAUUUAACUCUGCGCUUCUUAGUUCCAGUUCUGGGGACCCUACACUCCUGCAUUUUUGAGUGUUUUCUCUGCACCAGCUGUAGGUCAUGAAGGCCUUGAUAAUUGCCUGAUGGGUUGAAUAAAGUGGAAAACCACUGGGAAACGUACAAAAAGGUGUAGUGCUUGGGGUCCCUAAGUUUUGAUAUUGUAGAUUUUUAAGAACCUGAUGUACAGCUGUGAAUUAAGUCCUAAUGGUAUUGUAUAAGAUCAGUAAUUUAAGUUGUAUUGCAUCUUUGAAUUAGAAGGUGUCAGAACAACAACUAGGUGAUGCUAUUAUGCUCAGGGGGGGUCAAUGCUCGCCACUUUGCCAAAAAAAAGCACCAGAGAAUAAUCCGGCAUUAAGAUUGAGCGUUAUAUGAUCAGAAGAUUCAAGGAAUCUGAUCAAAUAUCUUGACAUAUAGGGCAAGACUAUAGACCACAACUGAAUACUCAGGCUCAACUGAAAUGGACUAAUAAACAGUGGAAACAUGUAUUGUGAUCUAAGAGACCUUUCAGAUUAUUAAAGGAAAUAAAGAACAUUCAAGGGCUGUCCAGGUUGUUACCAGUGUAAAGUUAAAACAUCAGGGUCUGACAUGGCACGGCAUCAUUUUAAUGGAUCUUUAUGCUUAUUGCAAUAUGACAACAUCAAGCCACAUUUUACACAUAAAGACAGAGCUGCAUGGUUAGAGAGUGUGAGUGCUAGACUGGCCUUGCUCCAGAUCUGCCUUACAUUGAAAACUUGGUGCAUUAUGAAACGCAAAAUACAACAGGUCCCAUAUGACUGCACAGCUUAAAAAAUAGUUUUUAUUCACAUUUCUUAUAUCGUUCCAGCUUUUUGGAAUUGAGGUUUGUAUAGUAGUUAUUGAACUGUUGUCUCUCCCUUGUAAUCGUUUACUGAAACUCCCAUGAGGUGGGGGUUUAAUAUGUUUCACACUGAUAAGCAUAGCAUAGCCUAGCCUUGCCCACCCCUGGCUGUACAAACAAGACUUGGGACGAUAAAGUGGAUUUAGCAGAAGCUAAACUCCAAUUCAGAAUGGAUCCACAAGAAAGAGACCUUGUUGCUUUGAUUGCCAAAAUUAUUGCUGAGGCUUCGGACUCAGACAACAACUGCAGGGUACUGAUGGCAGGGAGGCAGUAUCCAUCCAUUCAGGAGUUUGCUUCUGCCAUCCCCAACCACUUGCUGCUGGGCUCUCUGCUGGAACACUUGUGCUUUGUUUAUGAGAGUGACCCUACACGCUCACGCUUGUUGUUCAAGGUGAUUGGUCAGCGCCUAGCAGCAAUGAACCUCCUCUGUCCACUGGCCAUUAGUGACGAGUUCAGCACUGUGCGGCUGCAGCACAACCGGGCCUUCACCGAGCUGCUGCAUGCAGCCAGCUCAUCACUCUUCCCUCAGGACCAUAGGUACUUAAAUACAGAAAGUCAGACCCCUGCGUUAAGAACGAAAGAUGGCCUUUUCCAAGCACAGACAUCUCGCUACCUCAGUGAAUUUGAAGAAAUGUCAACAUUGGGCAAAGGAUCAUAUGGCAAAGUCUUUAAGGUAAAAAACAAGUUGGAUGGGCAGGAUUAUGCUGUAAAAAAAAUUCUUAUCAAGAAUGUGACAAGGGAUGACUGUAUGAAGGUUCUUAGGGAGGUCAAAGUUCUGUCCAGUCUUCAACAUCCAAACAUAGUUGGCUAUCACACUGCUUGGAUGGAGCAUGUGCAACCUGCUAUGAAUAAUCCUAAACCUAUGCUUCAAAACUCUAUUCCAGCUUUAGAAACCCCAUCACAAACAAAAGGACAUCUUGAGGAAAGCAACAAUGGAUCUUCCAUUGUUUUUGAAAGCACUGAAUGUUCAAAGGACCGAAAAAAACAACACACACAGAGCCCAGAGAGUACCUCUGUACAGUCUACAAAGUCAAAAGAGGAGAGGAGUCAAGGUGUGUGCCCGAAAAACAUGCGCAACCCACGGAACUUUGUUCCGUGCGUGUUCCUGGGCAAGCCCCGUUCUGCUAUGGAUACCUCCCCUGCUCUCAGCUGGGACGAUUCAGCCCUGUCAGAAUACGAGAUCAGUCAAAACAAAGUGGAGUUAAACAACAACUCCUACAUCGACGUGGACAGUCAGCAGGCUGAAAAACAUCCAGACAAGGUCCAGUUUCACUUGAUGCUCUACAUUCAAAUGCAGCUGUGUGAGCGUUCUCUGAAAGACUGGAUUCAGGAAAGGAAUUGCAGACCUAAGGCAGAACUCACAGUGUCAAGAGGUCCUUACCAGUCACUGAACUGUGAACAAGCAUUACAUAUUUUAAAGAGCAUACUUGAAGGAGUGGAGUAUAUUCACUCCCGUGGAAUCAUGCACAGAGACCUUAAGCCACGUAACAUUUUUCUUCAAGGCCAUGAAUGCCAUGUGAAGAUAGGAGACUUUGGAUUGGCGUGUAGGGAUAUUGUAGUAAAUGAAAAUGAACAGCUCCCUUUGCAUUCUCAGAUAAAAACAAAUGCAGGGUCUGCUCACACCACUGGAGUGGGGACAUUUGUUUAUGCUUCGCCAGAGCAACUAGAGGGCUCUCACUAUGAUUCAAAGUCAGAUAUGUAUAGCAUUGGGGUGGUUGCUGUUGAGUUGUUCCAGCCUUUUGGGACCGAGAUGGAACGUGUUCAUGUGCUUGAGGAGCUGAGACAGGGAAAAGUUCCAGACACACUAACUGCAAACUGGCCAGUAUUGACCAAACAAAUCAAACUACUGACCAGCUCCAAUCCAUUAAUGCGACCAAGUGCAUCUCAACUACUGCAAAGUGACCUUUUCAGCACCAGAGACAUGGUAAUCCACAGUUUGCGGCAGCGGAUUGAUGAGCAGGAAGAGGAAAUUGUUCAGCUCAGGAGACAGAUAAGCCAGCUACAGAGCUCGCAAAAUGUGGCACACGAUCCAGAGAAGACUUAAGUGUAAUCACUUCUCAUCCUCUACAGUACAUAAUAUAUGUAUAGGGUUUUUCCUUUUUUUUUGGUUUUGUUUUUUUUUUUUUUGUGUGCAAAUGGCUGUAUGUAUGAGUGCAGCUUUGUUUGUGUGUACAGUAUUAUGUGCCAUAUUUGACUUAACUGUAAAAUGUAAAAGGAAAAAAUAAAAUUAUAGAUGUGUUGUGUACAACUGUUUUAAAAA